GUCCGUCACUCAACAAUGACUUCACCAGUCGUGUGUUGUGGGGCGGAGGGGAUUUCCGUGUUUGACACACUCGACUACUACCGCUUUGCGGACGGCUCAGCGCAUCUGUGUGCCGCCGUGCAGAUGGACCCGUCCGCCUUCCUUUACGAUGUCCCCCCGGCUGUCGUCGAGAGACUGUGUAGAAUCCUGGACAGCGGAGAUGACAGGCUCGGGUGGCGAGGAAUAGCUGUCCGAGUCGUCCCCAACUUGUUAGAGGUUCGCAUGUUGGAGCGCGUGGAGGCAUCCGGCCGGAGUCCCACUCGGGAGCUGCUGUGGUCCUGGGCUCAGGAAAAUCCAAGGGUGAAGGACCUGCUCAAGGUGCUGCAGGACAUGGGCCACCGCAGGGCCCUGCAGCUCCUCCAAGGUCCAGCUCAGUCAGAGUCGCCUGUGCCCCCCAGCAGUCGACACGCAGAGUCCAGAGGGCAGGUGCCAGCAGAUGAAGAGAAGGGAUCCUUCCAACGAGAGGAGAGUUCUGCAAGUAAAGCAUUAUGCCCCGUGAGCUCCGCCGGAGAAAAUCUGCCUCCCGUAAUCACUUUUCAAGACAUCAUAGAUGGAACCAGGGAUUUUCAUCAUGAAAUGAUAGUUGCAGAGGGACACUUCUCUGAUGUCUACAGAGCGCAGACGCGAAGUAAAAAGGUGGCGGUGAAGCUUUUCAAACAGACAAAUAUGGUGUCAUGGAAGAAGCUCUGGGACGUCUUCAGGAAAGAAAUGGAAAUUCAUCAUUUGUACCAACAUCCCAACAUCUUAGACCCGCUGUGCUGCUUCUCCGAUGAGGGCCGCUACUGUCUGGUCUGCCCGUACCUCCCCAACGGGUCGCUCUUCCACAGACUCCACCAUCAGGACAGAGAGCGCCCUCUCUCCUGGCAACAGCGCCUCGCCAUCAUCAAGGGAGCGGCGAAGGCCUUGCACCACCUGCACACAGCACAGCCCUGCCCAGUGAUCUGUGGCAACAUCUCCAGUGCUAACAUACUCCUGGACGACGCCCUGCAGCCCAAGCUGUCCGACUUUGGGUUGGCUUGUCUCCGUCCUCAUUCAGCCAAUCAGAACUGCACUGUCACUCUGGACACAAGGUCGCCCAGCAAACUGGGAUACCUCUCUGAGGAGUACAUCCGAGACGGCAAGCUGUCCUUCGGCCUGGAUGUUUACAGCUUCGGAAUGGUUAUACUUGAAACAUUAACGGGACGGAAGGUCAGAGAGGAGGUACCGAAACAAACAGCCCUGAGAGACCUGCUUGUAACUGAGGUGGAGGACAGCGGCGGCGUGGACUCCUGUAUGCAGUUCUUGGACGAGGCGGCCGGGCGGUGGCCGCCGGCCGUGGCCCUCGACCUUCUGCGCCUGGCCUUGGACUGUGCAGCUAGCCGCCUCCGCAGCAGACCGAGCAUGGAGAACGUUCUUCCAGCACUGAGCAAGCUGCUUCCUCCACCUAGCUGCCCCCCCGCCGACCAACCCCGCAGCCUGGAGGACAGAGACCCUUCUGAUGCCGAGCCGAGCCCCCCGCCCUCCAUCCCUGUGGAGCACGAUGAGCAGUGCAGCCCCCCCGCUUCUCUGACGGACGAGGGUCCCCGUGAAUGCAGCCAGUCGGAGGUGACCUAUCUGAGUGACGUCGGGGGGGCGGUGGACCUGUACAGCAGCUGUCCUGUGCAGUGCAGCUGCCCUGCUGAGACCGGCAGUCUGGCCUGCGAGGACUGCAGAGCCAACGGCUUCACCAGCGAGCGCACAGUCGGCCCUCAGACUGAAUCCCUGGUGGUGGAAAAUGCAGCCAAGCAGAGACUGAGGAGCAGACUGAGUCUUUACGACAGAGGGCUGAUUCACACGCAGGAACUCUUCUCUGAGAUCAGCCUGCAGUAGAGAGCAGGCCUUCUGUUACCAGUGCUGACAACGGCUCAUUGUGUGUCCAGGAUUAUAUUGUUUCAUAAAGCUACGGGGAUCAAAGCUCAUAUCGAUAAAACAUUUUUAUGGAGUUCAAUAUUUAAUAACAAAAUAAACACAGAACUUUUUCGAAAAAUGCUGAA